AUGAAGAGAUCUGUCUCCAAAGGAGUUAUAUUUUGCCUUGCUGUCACACUUUUGAUCUGUGGAGUUCAGGGAGAAGGUAAGCUCAGUUUCAGAAGAUAGCUUAUAACCGCAGGUUUUCGUCAAAGGCUUGAAUUGAUAUCAGUCUUCUCGAUAUUUGCGCGAUACUAAGCUUAGUUGGCUGACAAAUAAUUUGGAGUUCAGGGAGAAGGUAAGCUCAGUUUCAGAAGAUAGCUUAUAACCGCAGGUUUUCGUCAAAGGCUUGAAUUGAUAUCAGUCUUCUCGAUAUUUGCGCGAUACUAAGCUUAGUUGGCUGACAAAUAAUGUUGUACAACUGAUCAAACUAAUUCUACGCCUGAAUGAUAAAAAGCAAACUGAGUAGCAAGUGAUUUGAGCAAGAACUUGAAGGAGAAGCUAGAAAGCUGACCGCCGGCCAACCCGAGAAAACUCAGUAACUCAGGAUGUGUGGUGAAAGCUUAAAGUCCUAUUUUGCUAUCAAGUUUAGCUACUUCCAGACAUGACAGAAAUGGACAUUUCACUUAAAAGCCGUGUCACGCUUUAUUAGCAACGCGCUUUCAUGGUCAUUCAAGGUUCUUGCUCCGGCCACAACCGGGUAUGACAUUUCAUAAAUGAAAACAGUCGCAAACUUUCAGGAGAGAAGAAUCCGCAAAAAAGUAAGGUAUAUUCCUUGUUUUCGGUGAAAACAGCGCUCCCAGGCUUUUGACAAUAAUCACUUCACUUCGGUGAAACUUACCCUAGCUCCUGAGAUCCGUUCUCAAAAUACCUAUUUUGAAAUAAACUGUGCUUUUUCUCUCGGCGCUUUGCACUUCAUUACAUGACGCGGCUUCGCUGCGAACCAUCAAUAGCGAUAAGAAAAAAACAUAUCCGCUGGGCCCUAGGGUUUUUGAAUUCGGCUCUUGACUGAUGCACUGUAAUCUAAUGGAAUUGUUGUUGCUGAACAAGUUUUUAGCGUCAGUGAAUAUUUGUUUUCCUUAAUACUAUAAGGAUAGACUAUGCAAUUGUGACUCACCGCUUUCUCGAUUAAAAGAUAGCUUUUUGCUAUGUAUUAUUUCCACAUUAUCUAGGAAGAUUGGUGUAAAACGUUUUUAAAAAAUAUUUUACGUCAUUUUUCCUAAGAUAAAGUGGGUUUUAUUUACCGAAAGCAUAAGUUGAUGUAUUUGUUUACUUACAUUUCAGAGUCUUCUUGCUUUGGCUCAUAUGAACAUGCUUCCAAAAUUCUUUGUGAUCCAAAUUCCUUGUGUUCAUUGAGUGAUUCUGCUAUUUCAUGCUACUGNAAGCUUAGUUGGCUGACAAAUAAUAUUGUACAACUGAUCAAACUAAUUCCACGCCUGAAUGAUAAAAAGCGAACUGAGUAGCAAGUGAUUUGAGCAAGAACUUGAAGGAGAAGCCAGAAAGCUGACCGCCGGCCAACCCGAGAAAACUCAGUAACUCAGGAUGUGUGGUGAAAGCUUAAAGUCCUUUAAAGUCCUAUUUUGCUAUCAAGUUUAGCUACUUCCAGACAUGACAGAAAUGGACAUUUCACUUAAAAGCCGUGUCACGCUUUAUUAGCAACGCGCUUUCAUGGUCAUUCAAGGUUCUUGCUACGGCCACAACCGGGUAUGACAUUUCAUAAAUGAAAACAGUCGCAAACUUUCAGGAGAGAAGAAUCCGUAAAAAAAUAACGUAUAUUCCUUGUUUUCGGUGAAAAGAGCGCUCCCAGGCUUUUGACAAUAAUCACUUCACUUCGGUGAAACUUAUCCUAGUUCCAGAGGUCCGUUCUCAAAAUACCUAUUUUGAAAUAAACUGUGCUUUUUCUCUCGGCGCUUUGCGCUUCACCGCAUGACGCAGCUUCACCGCGAACCAUCAAUAGCGAUAACAAAAAAACAUACCCGCUGGAAUUGUUGUCGUUGAACAAGUUUUUAGCGUCAGUGAAUAUUUGUUUUCCUUAAUACUAUAAGGAUAUGCAAUUGUGACUCACCGCUUUCUCGAUUAAAAGAUAGCUUUUUGCUAUGUAUUAUUUCCACAUUAUCUAGGAAGAUUGGCGUAAAACGUUUUUAAAAAAUAUCUUACGUCAUUUUUCCUAAGAUAAAGUGGGUUUUUAUUUACCGAAACCAUAAGUUGAUGUAUUUGUUUACUUACAUUUCAGAGUCUUCUUGCUUUGGCUCAUAUGAACAUGCUUCCAAAAUUCUUUGUGAUCCAAAUUCCUUGUGUUCAUUGAGUGAUUCUGCUAUUUCAUGCUACUGUAACACUGGCUAUCAAGGAGAUGCUACAAAGUUUGGAAGUGGCUGUGUUUCUGAAGGUUUGCAUGUACUCAAUAACUUCAAAAAAAAUGUUUAAGUAAUAUAAUAUAUAGCCCUGUAACAAAUAGCUUGAGAAAAUUUUCAAUCAAUUUGCAACCCCUGGGUUUCCCCGCGAAAUGAUAUUUUAUUUGCAAUUCGAGUGAUACAAAACAAAGCAUAAUAUUCAAGUUAAAUCAGGUUAAAGAAAAUGCCAUUUUAUUUUCAUUUUCAUUUUGCUGUGAAUGGAGACAUUUUUUCCGUAUUUUUUUUUAGAGAGGACACACGUACUUUUGUCUCACAUCAUUACAGUAAAAAUAUCGUGCGAGAGAAUUCUUGUUAAUUUAUUAAGAGAUUCAUUGCAGAGUAAUUCUGAAUGUAGCUUACUUUUAUAGAGAGCUCCGUGAAAGAGUAUAACCUGUUUUGCCUCAAAUAUCGUACAGUGAUAGCAAAUCCAGUUAAAAUUUGAAUCAAUGCAAGUAAAUCACAACAUUCAGUAAUAUGUUAUUAAAGAAACUGGUAAACCUUUUUGUUUUUGUGAUUCUUAUUUGUAGGUUCUAAAAUGCUGGUUGAAAAAAGUAGGUGCAUCAUUCAGUAAUUUGAUAUUAAUAUACUAGAAUUUCAGAUAUGGACUUAAUAUAAUAACAUAACUUGACGGCUCUUGUAGCAGUUAUCAUCUUUCUCCACUGUAGACAACUGUGAAAAUAAUUCCAUCAUGUAUGUAUACCUCAGAUGAUUUUAUCAAAACUGUUUAUCAAAGUGGAUAUUUAUGUUGGUGUCAACAUGGCGUCCUCAGUGGAGUGAUAUAUAAAUUUUAAACUGCUUCGGAGAUUUUGUUUGUUGCCAUGAACACUGUUAGAAAAAGGAACUCAAAACAAUCCACACAACAUAAAACUUCCAGCAAAUGAAGACCAUUUGUAUCAUCAAGCGUGUCAAAGAUUACUUCAAAUGAUUUAGAAAAUAAAACUGUCAAAUUAUAGAAUGAAAUGUCAUAUCUAGUAACACUGCAAGUAUCUACGUACUGGUUUGUCUUUGUGGAAGUUUUAAGGUCGAAUUAGACGGUACAAUACAUCGUGCGAGACUAACAUGUGUCACGACUUCAGGAGAGAUCGUGUCGUGUAAAUUAGACCCACUACAUUUUUACGACACAUUGUGGAUGUCGUAGGUGCACGCUAUUCUUGAUUUCAAAUUGUAACGUGUAAAUUGUGCGCGUCUGGACGGUCGAAAGUCAUGAAAGUAUGCAAGUCGCGCACUAUAGUCGUAAGCAAAAAUCGUACCGUCUAAAUCGGCCUUUAGGAAUCUAGUGAUAAGAUGUAUAUUUCAAAAGUUAUGACCAAUAUGUUUAUUGACAAGAACUACCAACUCGGACCACACUGAAAAUUCAAAGAACAUAGAGUUAACAUGUUGAGGAACAAGGCUUGUAUGUGUACAAGUAUUUCUGACCUAUACAACUUUACACUUUGUGGCAAUUUCGCUGAGAUUGUUGUUUAUUUUUUUACUAGGGGAUGCAGAUCCUGAGCCGUAUGUUCCAGGCAUGUGGACACCAAGAGGUAAGGUCAGAUGA